AAAACUUAUUAAAAAUGUUAUAAAAUGUAAUGAAAAUAUGUGUCAAUAGAUGUCUCACUUUCGAGAAUUGAUCGUUGAAUGCGAAGAACACAUUCCAGAAGUGUUGCGAUUAUUUCGAGACAAUUGUCUUAAUUUGCGAGAAGUUUACUGUUUUUUAGAGGAAAAUACGGCACAAAUGUAUCAACAGUUCGGACCACUGGUCACACAAAUUGAUUGCUAUGAGUUGUCCGACACUGUCGUCGACAUCACUUCCGGACAACUAUUGGCCAACAAUUUGAAGGCAUUUAAGUUUUAUAACUAUUACGCCGAAGAGAGACAACUAUUGUCUGCAUUCGUGGCACACAAUCAGUGUCUCAAAAGUCUGGACAUUAAAAAUAUUAACGACGAUCUGAACGCUACUCUUCCCGAAUUGGCCGUACAAUUGUCACGAUUAACACAAUUACGGCGUUUGAGACUCGCUUUGGAUCUAAUGAAUGACAUCUCAUUGACCGACUUUUUACGUACAAUUGGUGUGAAUUGCAAACAAUUGCAACGAUUGGCACUCAGGUUUUACAGCAAUCCACUCAUUAGUAAUGUUAAAGCAUUGGAUUCAUUGCGAUAUUAUUGCCGAUUAAAACGAUUGGAUUUAAUAUUAUAUGAGGCCUUCGACGAAAAAGUGUUGGAACCGUUGCGACACUGCAAGAGAUUAACACAUUUGGAGUUGGAUUUACUGCGAAUGACAGCAAAUGUGUUGAAAGAUUUGCAUCAAUACCUAUUCAUUCGUGACUUCUAUAGCAUUAUAGACACCGAGUGUUUGUCUCACAUCUCAAGACUACCGGCGCUGCAAAUGCUUGUCAUUGGCUUUGAAAACUGUGGCGCAGAAACUCAGGAUCUCUCGGGUAAUGAUUACUCGGAUCUGUUGUCCAGAAGUCCUAAACUUAAGAACAUUACAAUCAAUGGACAGAAGUCUUAUUGUCGUUAA